UGACUUCUCGCCCAGUAGCAGCACACACAUCUGAAGAGUAAAAGGAGAAUAACGGACGAGGCCAGUGGAAAGAAGAAGAGAAAAUAUUGGAAACUCUCCGACCGUGUGGAUUAAGACAAACAGAGCAGAACCAAGAGUGAAAGACGAGAAGGUCACAAGGAGGAAUAAUCUGGGAAACUGUCUGGAAACUUUAGAAAAAGAGACAGAAAUCUAUAUCAAAAGAGCCUCUUAUCAGACAGACAAGAGCUGAGGAGGAGAGCACAUUAACUUUAGAUUUAUAAAGUGAAAGUCAGUGACAGGAAUCUCUGAGGGCUUUACUGGAAAUCAGAUUUCCUUUGGGAAUUUUGUAUCAUAAAACAAAUCAUAAACAGUCUGACAGCAGUUAUGGUGGUUCCUAACAUGGAUCUGAAGAGGGCACUUCUUCUGUUGGGUCUGUUCCUGGUCUUUAGUGAAUCACGUAAAUGUAACAUUGGAUUCGAACAAAGAAACAACAGCUGUGUUGAUAUAGAUGAGUGUGUGACAGAUCCGGGUCUGUGUGGUGAUCAUGCUCAGUGUUUCAAUACACCUGGAAGUUACUACUGCAACUGUAAUGAAGGAUUUCGAUCAAUAACAGCCAAUUUCACAGCAACAUCGGGGGAGUGUAGGGAUAUCAAUGAGUGUAUUGAGAAAACAUAUGAAUGCAGAGGUGAUAUGAAGUGUGUGAACACCAUGGGCUCCUUCAUGUGCUUCUGUCCACCUGGAUUUCAUGAACCAACAACAGGCUCAGGAUGUGAAGAUGUGGAUGAGUGUGUGUCCUCAGUGUGUGGAGUUCACAGCAGUUGCACUAACACACUUGGCAGCUUCCACUGCAUCUGUUCUCCAGGGUUUCUCAAACAUGAGAACGGCUCCUGUACAGACAAAGAUGAAUGUAAAGGGGUUCCAGAUGUUUGUGGCACAAACGCCAACUGCUCCAAUCAUCAGGGCAGCUACAGCUGUAAAUGCCAUGAGGGUUACAGUAACUAUGGCAAUAGCCAAUCAAAAUGCACUGAGAUGAGCUGCGACCACUUUGAGUCUGACACAGAGGACACGCCUGCAAAGUUGAAGACUUUACUGGCGCUGUUGAGGAGCAGCUGUGAGUCUCUGCGUGGCCCAAACAGCCAUCAGAUAGGAGAGCAGUUACUGGAGAACUUGUUUACUUCCACUGAUGAGCUGCUGUCUGAAGGAAACAUCGCUGACGGGAAGAUGCUGAAUCAGUUUCUGGACGCGGUGGAGAACAGCUUGCGUCUGAUUGGACCUCAGCUGAAACAGCCUGUGACCAGGAUGGAGACGCACAACACCUUUGCUGAGGUUGCAGUCACACGGAAUCAGACUCCGCCCAGUGGGCGUGUCACUCUGAGCACAGACUCCGCCCUCUUCAGCACCAGCUGGGAAACAGUUGUAGGCAAAUCAUAUCCAGGUUUUGCGUUCGCGGCUCUGGUCAGUUAUAAAGAUCUGAACUCAACCAGCGAUCUGCUCCACAAGAUGAGCAAUGAGAGAUCAGACGAUAAAGAGAGAAGUGUCACUUAUCAACUCAACUCUAAAGUGGUGACGGCCGUCGUCAGUAAUGCAGAAACCAAGCAGCUAUCAGAGUCGGUGACGCUCGUCUUUAGACACGUGGAGGAGAGGGCGGAGUCUGAGGGCAUGGCUUACUCUUGUGUGUACUGGGAUGAGACUGAGGGGGCGUGGUCUGGGCGGGGCUGUAAGAGGACUGAGUCUAACAGCACUCAUACAGUGUGUUCCUGCUCUCAUCUCAGUAGUUUCGCUGUGCUCAUGGCUCUCUAUCCUGUCCAGGACUCGUUUGAUUUGGUGUUGAUCACGCGUGUGGGUUUAGUUCUGUCUCUGGUCUGUUUGUUUCUCUGCAUCCUGACUUUCAAGUUCUGCCGCUCCAUCCAAGGAACCCGAACCAGCAUUCAUCUCCAUCUGAGCAUCUGUCUCUUCAUCGCAGACCUCGUCUUCCUCUGUGGGAUCACCAGUACUCACAAUCAGGUAGCGUGUGCCAUUGUGGCCGGUCUGCUUCAUUUCUUCUUCUUGUCUGCGUUCUGCUGGAUGCUGCUGGAAGGAGUUCAGCUCUACCGGAUGGUUGUGAUGGUGUUUCACACCACAUUAAAACAUCUCUAUAUGUAUUUGGUGGGAUAUGGAGUCCCGCUCUUCGUCAUCAUAAUCUCUGCCAUCACCUUCCCAAAGGGAUACGGCACUGAUAGACACUGUUGGCUCUCUCUUGAUCACAAUUUCAUAUGGAGCUUCUUUGCGCCAGUGUGCAUCAUCGUCAUCCUCAACAGCUUUGUCUUCAUCAUCACUGUGUGGAAACUGGCCGAAAAGUUCUCUAGCCUCAAUCCAGACCUCUCCAAACUCCGCAACAUCAGGGGGUUUACAGUGACCGCCGUGGCUCAGAUGUGUAUUCUUGGAGGAAUGUGGGUUUUUGGCUGCUUCCUCUUCCAGGAGGAAGGAACUCAGGUUGCAUUGUACCUCUUCACCAUCUUAAACAGCUUCCAAGGGGCGCUCAUCUUCAUCAUGCACUGCCUGCUGUCCAAACCGGUCAGAGACGAGUAUUGCAAGCUUAUUACCAGCAUCUGCUCACUAAAGGAGAAGAAAUAUUCAGAAUUCAGCACCAAUCAGUCCAGCAACAGUCAGCAACCUCUGCGGAGCCAUCAGACCACAGGAGAGUCCAAGAUAUAGAGCGGCUGUCAGUCCUGGAGGAGCCAUGUAGAUGUUUACCUUAACAGACACAUGGUGGUCUCACAGAGCUUUCAUUCUGCAGCACAUAGGACCCCUUUCCAUUGAGGGGUCUGUUACAGCUUUCUUUCUCUCUGUUAGGCAAGAAUUUCAGGUCUUGACUCGUCACAUGACCUAGACAUAUCAGCUAAAACAGAUAAAUCAAUACAAUGUGCAGGGAAGUUUUCUUUCUCUCAUGGACAUUGGAGACACUUUAGCUGUUCUGUAUAUGUGCCUUUAGUGGAGAACUUCUUUUAUUACAGGCAAAAGGCAGCUUUUAUUUGCUUAUAUAUGAAAAUGUUGUGAAGAUGGUAUUUGUAGAACUCGCCUCCUAUGGGCCUUAUGAUAAAGGUUGUGUUCUCUGAAGCCUUAAUCGAUUAUCAAUCACAAACCACCGCGUUUAUAUGAUCUGCACUUACAUGCCACUUUACGUAUUUAAGCUGUUGGGAAAUUUAACCCGUUUAUGUGAAAAAAGGAUGAGAGGUACUUUAGAUUCAUAAAGCUACUUAAACAGAGUUGCAUUGCACAAAGCAGGUGACAAAGAAAGUUCAUUUUACUAUAAUAUUGUGGAGAGAGAAAUAAUUUUGAGAUUCUUAUGAUGUGUCCAAGGGGUUUUCUCAGAUGCACAAUAAAAACCCAUUAAAGUGAACGCUGGCUUAGCGAAACAGGCCAAUAAAAGAUGAUUAACUACUAUUAUUUCUUUUAAUUAUACAAAUAUCAUAGACACUUGUUCUCAGUGAAUCCGCAACCACUGAAAUUUAGAAAUAUUUAGAAACAGAGGUAAACAUAACAAAGCCGUGUUUCCUGGAAUCAUGGAACUCUGAAUCACUUUUUUGAAAUAAAUUACUUGCAAAGUUAUAUUCAUAAUUCAUUAAGAAGUUUCAAAAGCAGCCACCACUGUGAUGUAAACUGUUAUUAUACAAUAACAAACUACUGGACAUGCAACAAUUUUUUUGGUUAUGUGGAGAAAGAAUGCUUUGAGGGCACAAUGCCGGAUGCGUUGACUGCCUGUGCUUACACACAUUUUCUUUCUUGUCAAAACUAAAGCAUAUUUUGGGCUUUAGUGUUUCUAUUUUGAGCACAAUGUGAUUUUGUAAAGGGAUAAAUCUAAACAAAGUUUUAAACCCAUUGCUCCUGCAACACCAUUGUCUUUACUAGCUCUCUAUUGUAUGUGUAAUGAUAUUUGAUAAGAAACAAAUGUUUAAUUUACAUUUUCCAUAAAAUAUUUUUAUCUUUUGUAGAAUUUUUUUUCUUUUUGGCUGUUAUUUUUGUACUUGAAAUAAGGGUCAUUUUUAGCCCUGAUGUGGUACUUUGAUGUUUUUCCAAAAAGUAUUAAAUAACUGCUAAAAGAA